AUGAAAGUCAUUGUCACAGGAUCCACCGGCCUGGUCGGCAGCAGUUUGGUGCGCCAGUGCAUCGCCAGUGACCACAUCACACGCGUCGUUGCUUUGUCCAGGAAGCCCCUGGAGCAUGUCCAGAGUCCCAAACUCACCGUCAUUCUCCAUGACGAUUUCUCUGUCUAUCCGCCCGAAUUAAUCGCCCAGCUCACCGGGGCCGAGGGUUGUUUGUGGGCCAUUGGCGGGCGAGCGAGCCAGUUCCCCGACCUCGACACCUACAAGAGGGUGCAGGUCGACUACGCCCUCGCCGCCGCAACGGCCUUCAGGGACCAGCUCGCGCCGCAGCUCCCUGAAGGCAAGCAGUUCCGCUUUGUGUUUUGCAGCGGCAAGUUUGCCGAAUGGGACCAGAGCAAGCCGCUGCAUUUUAUGGCCGAUACACGCCGAGUCAAGGGACAGGUGGAGCAGGGGUUGUGCGGGAUUGCAGACGCCGACACGACCAAGCGUUUUGUCGUCUACUGUGCUCGGCCCAGCGGCAUCCUCCCUGCGGACGCCAGCCUCGCCGCCAGACUCUCGGGCCGGCUGUAUGGGGCCAUCGGCGUGGAUCAUCUCGCAAAGGCCCUCAUUCCAAUUCUCCUCGAGGGCUCCAAGGAACGAAUCAUCGAGAAUGAGGCCCUUCUUUCGCUCUGA